AUGGCGGAGCUUUGCGGGCCUUCAAAUGCCCUGCAAAACUUCCAGAAGCACACGACCGUAGACCGGACGCUUCAGCAGGACCGCUUGGUGGGCAGACAUUCACCGGCGCAGGGCUUUAGAUCAUCUCCGGGACCAAAUGUAGGCGCGUUAGAUAACGAGUUUGAAGCCUUUCAAGCUGGGGGCCGGCCUCUUCCAACACAAAACUUCCAACCUUUCGAUCCACGAUUCGCGCAACCUCCUCCCCAGUUUGCGCAAGCGUCACAGGCACCCGACUGGGCGGCCGACUUUCAACGCUUGAAUGUUAGCAGUCCGCCGCCACAGACGUUUCAGCAACAGCGACAGCAGCCCGCGAGCGCAGCGUCAGCAUGGCAUCAGGACUUCUUGAGGCAGCAGGCUCCGGUCGCACAGGCGCCUGCGUUACAGCAAACCCCGUAUGGAGGCAUGUCGGGAUACAACAUGGGUGGAUUUGGUGGACAAGCAUACAUGCAGACCCCGACUUUCCAGAACGCCCAAGUCUCAGAGGUCGCGCAAGGGAAGCAGCGCGCCCAGGACGACGUACCGGCUUUCGACGAGGCGGCCUUUGAACAAGCAUUUGCGCAGGCGCAACAAGACAUGAUGGAGACGGCAGAAGCAGAGCAAGUACACACACAGCCAGCGCAAGAGGCGCUGGAUCUGGACCGGCCGGGUGAGAUGGAUCCUCUUCUUCAACGGAUACGAGAAACGCGGCCAGCUGUCUACUCCGCCAUCCAGGUCUGGAGCGAAACCGGUCUCGGGCGAACCGACGAAGCAGUAGCAUAUCUAGAGAACAUGGAUCGCUUAGAGAAGAGCGGUACUCUGGUACAGGAUGCGAACGAAGGGAAAUGGAUCGUCGACUCGCUCCAAAGAAUCGUGAAUCGCGAUGCCCCUCAAGAAGUCAAGACGCGCGCCGAAGAGCUCAUCAAAGCCAUCAACCAACGCCUCAUGUCACAAUACCCGCUCGGAUCGCGUGUUCAGAUGAGCGAAGAGCAAAUAUGGCAGGAUCUAGAAGCAGCAGGAUACAUGAGAACACCAGAGCCGCUCCAACACUUCGAGCAGAAACCAGAAGAAGAGCAGAAGCAAGAACAACCGCCAAGAAACGAAGACGACGAGAUGGCGGCAACAGCAGGCCGACUGCUAGAGCGCGUAGCAGAUAACACAAGCGAGAAGUUCCAAAACUCACAAUUUCUGGGAUUAAUGCGCCGUCUGCGCGACCGCGAAGUAAGAGUACAAGAAGACAAGAUCGUCGAAGUCGAUGCCAGCGCACAACAGUCGCAGCAGCCCACAAACACAAUGACCACACCCCAAACCACCAUCUCCCAACAACCAUCGCAAUCACAACCACCCUCAUCAACGCAAAUCCCCGAAAUCGACCCCACAAUCCUCUCCCACGCCGCCACCGACUUCGAAACCCCAAUCUACUACGGCGAAGAACCACAGCAACCAUCUCAGCAGUAUGCCCAGCCUCCUCCUCCUUCCUCCCCACACAAACCUCUCAGGGAGUCCCUAAUAACUGAUGAGAUUUCAGAACAAUAUAGAUACUACAAUGUCCAUGCCGCAUAUCACCGGUGA